AUGAUGAAGUCCUCUGUCCACCCAGAAGAAGAUGACUUUGUGCCAGAGCUGCAGAGGAGCAUCCACCCCAGGGAGAGGCCGGACUGGGAGGAGACGCUCAGCGCGAUGGCCAGAGGAGCCGAUAUCCCCGAGAUCCCGGGGGAGCUGCCCCUGCGCUCCUGCGGCAGCACCGCCAGCAUGAAGGUGAAGAAUGUCAAAAAGUUAUCCUUCACCAAGGGGCACUUCCCGAAGAUGGCUGAAUGUGCACAUUUCCACUACGAAAACGUGGAUUUUGGCAACAUACAGCUUUCGCUCCCGGAGGAACAGAACGAAGUGACCAGGAAUGGCUGUGAGUCCAAGGAGCUGGUCUACCUGGUGCAGAUCUGCUGUCAGGUGGGAGAUAUCGUGUCCGUCAUUGACAUGCCACCAAAGGAGCUGACCUCGUGGUGGAGAGGAAAACAUGGAUUUCAGGUUGGAUUUUUCCCGAGUGAGUGCGUUGAGCUCAUUAACGACAAAGUCCCUCAGUCCGUCACCAAUUCGGUGCCCAAACCAGUGUCCAAAAAGCACGGGAAGCUCAUCACCUUCCUCCGGACAUUCAUGAAGUCGCGCCCAACGAAGCAGAAACUCAAGCAGAGGGGGAUCCUCAAGGAAAGGGUGUUUGGCUGUGACCUGGGAGAGCACCUGCUCAACUCUGGCCAUGAUGUCCCCCAGGUGCUCAAGAGCUGCACAGAGUUCAUUGAGAAGCACGGCAUCGUGGAUGGCAUCUACCGGCUGUCUGGGAUCGCCUCCAACAUCCAGAAACUCCGCCACGAGUUUGACUCGGAGCAGAUUCCCGACCUGACCAAGGACAUUUACAUCCAGGACAUCCACUGUGUGGGUUCCCUGUGCAAGCUGUACUUCCGAGAGCUCCCCAACCCCCUGCUCACCUACCAGCUCUACGAGAAGUUCUCAGAUGCUGUUUCUGCUGCUACAGAUGAGGAGAGGCUGGUGAAGAUCCACGAUGUGAUCCAGCAGCUGCCCCCUCCCCACUACAGGACACUGGAGUUCCUAAUGAGGCACUUGGCUCGUCUGGCUGAUUACUGCUCCAUCACAAACAUGCACACCAAGAACCUGGCCAUUGUCUGGGCUCCCAACCUCCUCAGGUCCAAGCAGAUCGAGUCAGCCUGUUUCAGUGGCACGGCUGCCUUCAUGGAGGUGCGGAUCCAGUCGGUGGUGGUGGAGUUCAUCCUGAACCACGUGGAUGUUCUGUUCAGCUCCAAGCUCAGCUCCGUCAUCCGGGACGGGGCAGGGCACAGCUCUUUGUCCCGGCCCAAGUCUCUGCUGGUGUCCUCUCCCUCCACGAAGCUGCUCACGCUGGAGGAGGCGCAGGCUCGGACACAGGCCCAGAUCAACUCUCCCAUCGUGGCAGACAGCAAG